UUUUUUUUUUAGAUUUAGAAUUGAAAUUAUAUUCAAUUAUCAAAUUUUACUUUAACUAAAAUACGAAGAACAAAUUUAUUCAAAUUAUUACAAAAUUUUACUCUAUAAUAGUUUUUUGUCAAUUCAAUAUUUGUUAUUUAUUGAUAAAAUAAAACACUUUAAAAAUUGAUAAAGUUAACUUAUGGGGGGCAGGCAAUCCUCCCAAAGUACAACACCACAUAGGCACCAGUCACAAAUUGAACGUCGUGCUUCUGUAUCUUCUCUUGAAAACAGUUCAUCUCAAGCUUAUGUUGGAUCUUCUGGUUUGAGAUUUCUUCUCAGGUCUGAUAAUUUAUUGAGUGACCAAAGUACAUCACGAAGAAGGAGGAGGGAUCAAAAUGAUUUUGUCAGAGAAACACAUUCGCUUCCUGUGCAUUUGUUCCCUGCAUUGUUAUCUGCAGAAAUCAAAUGUCCAGUAUGUAAUAGACGUAUAGGUUCAGAUGAAGUUGAAGCACAUCUUCAGGCUUGUCUUGCUAAACCAAAAGUUUCAUACAAUGUGGAUACUCUAAAAGUUGAUGCUGGAGAAUGUAUUAUCUGUUUUGAUGAUAUGAAUAUAGGUGACAGAAUCGCAAGGCUGCCUUGUUUAUGCAUAUAUCACAAAAAAUGUAUAGAUGACUGGUUUAAACGAAAUCGUUGUUGUCCUGAACAUCCUGAAGAGAUUCCACAGGAAACCCCUUCAAUGACUAAUAUACAAGACCAAUCUAUAAAUAUUGCUUGCAGUAAUUUUGAAAUAGAAAAUACGCAAAAUUCUUCUGAAUCUCAAAACAUUACAGCCGAAAAAACUGUCGAUAGCUCAAUAGCUAUUGCUGACACUAAUUCUACUAAUUUAGACAUAGUUAGUGAAAUACCGUAUAAUCCUGGAAAUUCUCCAAAUUUUGUAAAUGCUUGCUCUGAGAUGGAAAACUUACCAAAUCUUGAAAAUAACUUAGACAUGAAUGAAAAAACAGACUCUUUAAGUCAUGUACUAAAUGAACUAGAAUCAUCAUCCCAACUAACAAAUAUAGUUUCCAGUACUUUUCAUAAAACAUUAGUACAUGUAGAUGAAGGAAGUGUACAUGGUUCUACUGCACUUUUCGAAGACAAUGAACUGGAGCAAAUUGCUUCUAAAAUGAAAACAAUUAUUGUUUAUGACUUAGAAACCGAUAAUAACGAAAAUACGUGAUGUUAAUGUCUUUCUGGCGAUGCUAAUAUAAAAAUAGAUUUUCAUCGUCAUUUGAUUUAUCAUAAAGAUUUUGAAUUUUAAAUCGGCAUGAAUUUUUUUAUUCUAACGAAAGGGAUUCGCUAUUUGUUAUUAAAUAACAGCGAAUGAUAAACAAUGGAACUUGAAACACCGAAAGUGUGUUAUUUUAAGUCUGUUAGAUAGUAUCUCACUAACAAAAUCUUAUAUAAAAAUUAUAAAGUAUAAUAGUCUAAGUUUCUUUUAAAAUAUAUAAAGUUAAUCUCACAAAAUCACUUUUUAAAUCUUUUGAAUCUGUUUUAAUUAGUUUAAACUCUAAUUGAUGGUGGUUUUAUUGGUUAUAUUGUUAUUAGUCAGUUUAAACAUAGUAAAUAACCAUAAAAUUGAAACUUUUCCCAUAUUUGGAUGCUUUGUCACAUCAUCACUUACUCUCUUUUUAUAUGCACUUAACAAAUUCAAAUGUAUAAAAAUGAAAAACAUAAAUAUAUUAUAUUAAAUAUCAA